AUGUCUCAAAAGAAGAAAUCGUCGAAUCCAGCUGUCAAUUUGAUAGCUGGUGGUACCGCUGGUCUAUUUGAAGCACUAUGUUGUCACCCAUUGGAUACGAUAAAAGUGAGAAUGCAGAUCUACAGAAGAGCAGCUUCUGGUGAAAUUAAACCACCAGGUUUUAUAACUACUGGUAAGACUAUUUAUACGCAGGAGGGGUUUAUUGCCCUGUACAAAGGUCUUGGUGCAGUGGUUAUUGGGAUUAUCCCAAAGAUGGCCAUUAGAUUCUCUUCCUACGAGUUUUAUAGGACUUUGGUCGCAGAUAAACAGACUGGGAUUGUCUCUACAGGGAAUACUUUCUUGGCUGGUGUUGGAGCGGGUAUUACUGAAGCUGUUUUGGUUGUCAAUCCGAUGGAAGUUGUGAAAAUUAGGUUGCAAGCACAACAUUUGAAUCCUACUGCACCAGGUGUAGCCCCCAAAUACAAGAAUGCCGUUCAUGCAUGCUACACAAUUGUGAAGGAAGAAGGUAUUUCGGCGUUGUAUCGGGGUGUUUCUUUAACGGCGGCAAGACAGGCUACUAACCAAGGUGCAAACUUCACGAUUUACUCGAAAUUAAAAGAGUAUUUGCAGGAUUAUCAUGGUACCGAAGUUCUACCAUCGUGGGAAACUUCGUGUAUUGGGCUGAUAUCCGGUGCCAUCGGACCUUUCUCCAACGCUCCUUUAGACACAAUCAAGACUAGGUUGCAAAAGGAUAGCUGUACCUCCAAGGACUCCGGCUGGACCAGAAUCGCUAAGAUCGGAGCUCAAUUAGUUAAGGAAGAAGGAUUCCGUGCCCUUUACAAGGGUAUCACUCCAAGAGUCAUGAGAGUCGCACCGGGUCAAGCCGUCACUUUCACAGUCUACGAAUUCGCUAGAAGGCACCUAGAUAAUUUGGGUAUUUUCAAUAGGAAGAAAGCAGAUCCACCAAAGCCCUUGAAAUAA